GCCCUGCGUAUGAAAUGAUGCGCAAUGAUAAAAGUGCUGCUGCAACGCGUUCAUUGCAAUGGGCUUGUACGACGACAUGUAUCCAAUUUGUUUGCUUCCCAAUCCCAAUCCCUAAUCUCCACUUGCAUGGGAAGCAGGUCAGGUUGUGUUGGGUGUUGGGUUCAUACAAUUGACAGUACAAUUAUAAACAUCAGUUUCUAUGUAGUUAAUAAUUACAGUAAAAAGUUGGGUGUAAAAGUUUAAUUACUUAUUUAAGAAUGAAGCAUUUAAAUAUAACAAUAAAUAUAUUUAUAUCAUGAGGAUUAUAACGUCAAACAUUAUCAUCUGUUUUAUUAUUAAUUAUUGUGCAUCAAGAUCAUGCAUCAGCGACAUUUAUCAUUGUGUCCGGUAGAUAUAGAAUUUUCGUAGUUGUAUGAACCAGAGAUUCUCAACUUCGGAAAAGUAGCUCAUGUCUCAAAUCCUAAGGUAUAUCACUUUCAUUGUCCAGCCAAGUUUCUGAUAAAACUAAAAUAUUUGGAUUCUUCACAACUGAAUCUUCCAAAUCUACUGCAUGAGCUCUCAGACUUUAGCAAUCAAAACCUAGAAUGUAAGGGAGAAAUGAAGCAUCAAGUGUGUGUGUAAAACCCCUAGAUUGGGAGUUGUCUUGGCGUCGACCUGGCGCGUGGGAAACUGGGCCAACUGUCCAGUAUCAUUUUUUUACAACCACGAUAUCGUUGAUCCACGUCGCCAGGGAGGCUGCCAAUGAUGCCGGGACCAACGUCCGAAAAACCCCGUGCGCAACGGUUAAACGACAUUGAGCAACAAAUAACAAAAGGUUUGGGAUGUAAUCGAUCAGAAGAUUUUAAUACACCAGUUAGCUCUGGUAGUAACAUGGGAAGUGUCGCAAGAUUUCCAAAACUCGACGAGUGUGCUCAUUUCCAUUAUGAGCAUGUGGAACUUACUAACCUUGAGGUUUCAAUUACUGAGGUGCCAAACGAUACGAGUUUUGCUGUACGUGUUACUUCAGGUGACACUUGUUGGACACUUCAGCGUUCGUACGAAAAUUUUAUAAUGUUUGAUAGACAAUUACAUCGUUGUAUUUUUGACCGCAAAUUCUCGUCACUUGCUAAACUACCAGAAGUUCAACCAGAUUAUACUCAAGAUUUAUUGGCAGCUUACCUAAAACAUUUUUCAAAUUUAAAUCACGACGGAUUGAAUUGCGGACCUGUACUCAAUUGGCUACAGCUUGAUAAUCGUGGCAGAAGAAUUCUAGUUCCUGAAUCAGAUUCAUGUCCUAUUAACACACCUGCGGUAGCAGCUGCUUAUGCGGUGAGACCGUAUACGGCUCAAGCACAGGAUGAGAUAUCAUUUCUGGUUGGUGACAUGAUAUCAGUAAUUGAUAUGCCACCACCAGGGGAGAGUAAUUGGUGGCGCGGUAAAAAAGGAUUUGCUGUUGGUUUUUUUCCUGCUGAAUGUGUCGCUGUUAUUGGUGACAAAGUACCUCGACACUUGACUGUAUCAAAUAUUGUACGUUCAAAGUUACCCGUUAAACCCGUUCUCAGAAAACACGGCAAGCUUAUCGCCUUCUUUAGGUCUUUUAUUCUCAAUCGACCGUCUAGGAGACGACUAAAACAAUCUGGAAUCCUUAAAGAACGAGUUUUCGGAUGUGAUUUGGGAGAACAUCUUUUGAAUUCUGGUCAAGAUGUGCCAGCUGUACUCAAGUGUUGUGCAGAGUUCAUUGAAACCCAUGGUUUGGUAGAUGGUAUCUAUCGUUUAAGCGGGGUGACCUCAAAUAUUCAACGACUGCGUCAUGCGUUUGAUGAAGAUCGUGUGCCUGCUUUGCAUUCAGAUGAGAGUAUACUCCAAGAUAUUCAUUCGGUAGCGUCCUUGUUGAAAAUGUACUUUAGAGAGUUACCUAAUCCAUUAUGUACAUAUCAACUUUAUUUUACUUUUGUCACUGCUGUUCAAGCUAAUACUGAUGCAGAUAGAUUAAGAAGAAUGAGAGAUGCAGUUAGAAAAUUACCUCCUCCACAUUAUAGAACAUUGGAGUAUUUAAUGCGACAUUUGGUAAGAGUAGCAGCAUGUGGCGCCGAUACAGGUAUGACACCUCGUAAUGUUGCUAUUGUUUGGGCUCCGAAUCUUUUACGUUGUAAAGAACUUGAAGUUGGUGGUGUAGCAGCACUCCAGGGUGUGGGUGUUCAGGCUGUAGUAACUGAAUUUCUUAUUUGUUAUGCGGAGCUAAUAUUCGGUGAUGGUCCAGUUGGUCGACCUAAGUCAUUGGCAAUUACAACUCCUGCUCGAUUACUUAGUCUCGAAGAGGCGAGAAAUCGAACUCUACGUAAUGACUCCGAGUAUAUUGAAGUAGGUGCUGGCCCAGCCGGAUUACCUGUACACUAUCAUACAGUAAUUGAGCUGCCACGAAAAAGAAAUGGAUCGAAACGUUCACCAUCAUUAAACUGGCGGGCAAUAUUUGGACGUGGUGGGUUUGGAGCUCGUGGUAAAACAAGACAAGUAAGAACUCCACCACAAAAUGAAACUAUACCGAGUUCUUUUAAUGCUAUGAGACGAUUAAGACCUGUUAAAAGUGCCGAUAGUCUUGAUGGAGAAGAUAGUCUUGGUCCUUUAAUGGGUCCACUACCCAACAGACCAUGUGGUCACAGUCGAUCAGUUUCACAUGAUUCAUAUUUUGAUCAUCUUGCAGACGCACCAAGUUCUGUAUCUCCGCUUGAUCUAUCUGAAAUACAAAUUAAUUUCGAUCUUGAAGAGCGAGAAAUGCGAAUGUUUUCGGAAGAAGAAAGCGGUGGUGUUGUAUCAGUGGAAGCAUCACCUCGCCGUCAAAGAAAUGAAGGCCCGUUAUGUAUUGCUGUAAGUGGUGGCAGUAAAAGAAAAAGAUCACGUCUUGAAGAACGUCUUCAUUGUGAUGUUGAAUUAAGAUUUAUUGACAGUCAAAGCCCAGAUCAGAUAAUGGUAUCUGCAGAUAUUCAUGGAAUGGAGACACCAUCACCACUUACAACUCCAGGUUACCUGCCAUUGUUAUCAGAAGCUUCUACACCAAUUAGUCCAUCUACACUACAAGCAACACCAAUCUCUAUAGCACCUAAGACAGGUAAUAGCCCUCGCAUAAACUUCCGUAGUUUUACGUUACCACUUGAUUUAGAUGGUCAAUCCUGUAAUUCUCAAAUAUUAAGAAGAGACGUGUCUUCCGAUAAAUUGUCUUUAGAUCCUCCUAGUCAAAGAUUAUCAGUAAAUUUAGACAAUCGUAGUAAUGCUAAGUCUUACGAGAGAGUUAAGACUUAUGAAAUUCAUGGAUCUUCACCAGAAAUAUAUGAUAUGAAAAAAACGUCGGAUAAUUUAACUCUGACACUUUCAGAUCAAGAGAUCAAAUCCAGUGACAUACUCAAUCUUUCGUGCGCCAUUCAAAACGAUGUAUUUUCUAAUGUUUCUGCUAUGAGCUUCCAAGAAAAAAAGUCUGUUUGUAAUAGUCAGAAUAGCUGUGAUGAACUGAAUCAAAGUCUUCCGAAUAAUACUCAAAACUCGGAAAAUGAUGGUAUUGUCGAUUGCUUGAUAAUUUGCCAGAAUGAACCUAUAGGUAUGCCGUCUUCGAGUACUACUGAUCUCGAUUCUCCAAUGUCCUGUGAGCAAAUUAUUGAAGAGUUACCCGAUUCAGGAUUUGUUUUAUGUGAUGACUCUGAUCAAAUUUUUACAAAUGCAGAUAAUACACAAGCAUUAGCAACUAAUACUAAUGAUUCCGGGGAAUGGGUUAUGGUAGAAAGAACAGUUGAUUCUGUCACUACAUCAACAAAUGAAGUUACUAAUUCAAAAGAUCAAUUUGAAAGUACUUUCAAUUCUGCUAUUGGAACAAAUCAUCCACUACAACAGAGUUGUGCUUCUGAUCUUACAAUGGGUUCAACUCCAGAUAUUGAUAGGUCUUGCAAUGGACCGAGUGAUUUAAUAGAUAGCUCUAUUUUGGUGGAAGAAUCAACAAGCGAAAUAUCUUUCGACAUAAGUGAAAAUAAAAAUGAUAAAAUAUCUUCAGAAAAUGAAAAUAAUUUAGAAAAACAAUGCGGUAGUGAUCUUUGUAAUGGAAAUGAUCGAUGUUGUUCAGAGAGUGCAAUUAAUUUAAUGUCACAUCUUAACUCAGCAAAAAUGGACCAUGUGCAUGAAUGUUGUAGUUAUAGUUUACGUUUAGAUAAUGAAAAUCUCUAUCGUUGUAAUUUAAAUGAAUCAAGUGGAGUGAUGCUUUCAAAAUCAAGUAUUGAAAAUAAUCAUUUAAAUUAUGAAUCAAUAAGUUCAAAUAAAGAUAUUCAGUAUAAUCGUACCAGUCAAUACUCGUCAAAUAUUGAAAGAAAAAAUUCAAUUGAUGAUAAAGAAUGUUCUAAAAGAUGUAAAGAUACUCGGCAUAGCCUCAGUCAUAGCUCAAGAAAAUCACAGCCAAUUAAUCAGCAUAUUUAUUUAUCACAGCAUGCACAAGAAACGAUAAAAAGAAGUUCAAAUACUCAAAUACGUGAUAAUGAAGAGGUCGUUAUUCAGUCGGAAAAUGCAGCUGAAGCUCAUGAGAUUGCUCAUGAUCCAGAAGGUGCAUCUGAAACUACGUCAUUAGAUUCUUCAUACACAUUUUCAAAUGCAUCAUCACCUAUUGAUGAGUCUGCUGUUUUACGAGAUACAGCAGCAAUAUUACAAGAACUUGCAUUACAAAGAUUAUCUGGUGGAGUUGGAAGUGAAACUCCAUUAUACUCAAGAAACAAACAUGAAUCUGAUGAUUGUAGCCGAAAUCGAGGGAGUUUUGAUUUAGAAAUAAAUAGUGAAACUGAUACUGAAAUAAAUACCAAACUAGAAGAUGAUUGUUUGCGUGGUAAAUCUGAAGAAAAAUCAAAUUAUGUAACUCAAUAUUUACCCCCAUGUUUGCGUGCUCGUCAGGCAAGAGCAACAAGAGCUGCUUUAAGUCGUUCAUUAGAUGAAGAUAAAUUUAAUCGUAUGACUAGUGAAUCAACACGAAUGCCUCAAAAACAAUUGUCUGAUGAUUCUCAACACAAUUCAACCCCAAAUGUUGGUGUACACUUAUUGUCUUGUUCUCAAAGCACUGAAAAAUUACAGUCAAGAAAUUUAGGACUCGAUCUUGGUGAUCCUCGCUGUCGUGAAAGAAUUGAAAAAUACAAAGAAGAAAGACGAGUAUUUCUCAGAGAUAAAUAUAGAAGUGAAAGUUUUCGAGGUUCCACAUCAAGAAACGAGGAUGAUGGAGAAUUGUUGGCUCGACUAAAACAACGUGCUACGAGACCCCUUCAUUGAUAUUUAUAUUUAUUAGUAUGACUAAGUCAUACUGUUUAAUAUAAGAUUUUAAAUAUUGUUUACUAACUUCUAUCUUCUAAUAUUGUUAGUUUGACGUUAUUAUAAAUUGUUUAUCUUGGAUGUUAGAGGGAAAAAAUUACAUUCCUAUUGUUAUUAUUUUUCUAUUAGAUGGAUAUAAAUUAUUAAUCUGAUCCUUAUCAAAAUCAUUAUGUCAUAGUUAUUUUUCGAAGCGUUAAGUUUGUAUUGUAGUUUUUCUCUUUUUACUUGUGUAAAUUAUUAAGUUUUUUUUUUAUUAUAAUAGUUAUUAAUAAAAUAAUUUAAAAGCGUAAGAUUUUAUCGAACGUUAAUAAAAAAAAAAAAAAUUAUUUCGAAAGAAUAAAAUUUCUACGAAUAAUAAAUUUAAAUAAUAAAUUGAAAAACAACAUUUUUUAGAUAAUAUUGAAAAUAGUAAAUAAAAGUAAAGACAAUCUACUUUUGAUUGUAAUUAAAUAAUUGAGAAUGAUUAUUAAAAUUAUUACAUUUGAAAGAGCUUAUAGUUUAACCGAUUGCUUUGUUUUUGCAGACAGUAAGACAGGUCUACAAUAAACUUUAAAUAUUUUCUGUAUGAUAUUUUUUAUAUGAUCAAUAACGCCUAUUAUAUUAUAAUUAUUUAUCUAUUAUGGUAAAUUUUAUGACGCCAAUGAAAAUCCCAAUAAUUUUUAUGAAAAUAAAAUGUGAGUGAUUAUUUAAUUGUUAAAAAAAAAAAAAAA